CUUGCCUAGUCUUUUUACACCAUGACUUGAGUCUGCUCAGUUGUUUCAUGCACAGAAGUUAAAAGUUUUACUAAUACAUGUUUACAAAUUUAUAUUUCACUAACAUAUCAGAUUGACAUUUUACAUAAUUAUAUAUUUUAUAGAGUGUCAAUAUGAGGACCCCGUGUCUAUUACUUGGACACAGCUUUGUUAGGUCCUUGAAGGAGUACCUGACGGAACACCCUUUACGCAUUUCGGGUCAGGGACUCAAAUUACAUUAUACGUUCAAACCGGGAAGCGAUACGCUUCAGAUUCAUGAGAUGACGAAGUUGAUUCCUAAGGACAGGUACGAGGUGAUAUUUCUCCAGAUUGGAGGCAAUGAUGCUUCCUCGCGUUCUCGGAACCUUCAAGCAGAUUCUCAUAUGGUGGCCCAGGAAAUAGCUGAUAAUAUCCUUAAUAUUGUUCGGGAUUUGAAGCCUCUGCUAAAAUUGAAUGGCCAUAUAGUAAUAGGGGCGCUACUAUAUAGAUGGAUAACGCCAAUGACAAAAAGGCGACGCUGGAUAAAAACUGUUUCUCACGCGGAGAAAUGCAAUGAUAUCAUCAGAAUGGUAAACAAUAUUAUUAAAAUGGAGGUUGACAAUAACACUGUUUUCUUUUGGAAAACUAAAGGUUUUGAUGACAGCUUUAAAGAAAAACUAGCUGAUGGUACCCACCUCACUCAUUAUGCAAUGAAAAAAUGGGUAUACAAGGGUGUCAUUUCUGGUAUACUCACCACUUUAGGAAAGAAAAAAUGGUAUGGAGUCAAAAGAAGUCUCAAACAAAAGAAAAAGAAGCGCAGGAGGAAAGGUGGCAAAGCCAUCAAAAUCUGUAAGAGCUAAGGUGAAGUCUAAGAAAGCAAUCUUGCUUGAUAAACUGAAAACUAAGAACAAAAAACUGAAAAAACUGAUCAAACUAAAGAAAAAACAAAUCAAUGCUAAUGCCUCAGAGAGUAGUAAGGAAACCUUAGGCUAUGCAGGGUUUGAAGAUGACGAAGACAGUGCAGCAGAAUACACUACACAGGAUGUUAGGGAGACAAGGGCUAUCAAUGCUGACACACCUCAGAGGCAACAAGGACAAGCCCCGUAUCUUCACCAGGUACCACAAAGUCCCCAAACACAACAAUAUAUCCCAGGGCAAUGGCCUAUCUGGGGUCUAGGGAGUGACAUACCGGCAACAGGUUCAUUCCAAACAGGUCCCACCUUCAAUCCGAUGACUGGACAAUAUCCUCCUACUCAGACGACAACGCAUCAACACAAUCUACAAUUUCCGCAAUAUCAUAUGGCACCACCUUCUGCCCCUCAAAGGCCGAUGGACUCGAGUCCAAACAACUGGGCAAUGCCCAACAUCUCCUCAGGGUAUUAUGCUCCAUUACCACAAACUAGAGGUGUUCAGCAAUCUGGCCCCAGAGGCACAUCUCAUCCCCAUGCCCGAUCACCUAAAGCCACACAACUUUUUAACAAUUUCGGACAAUUUGUGAAUGCUGCACAUACAAACAACACCAAUGAUUUAUAUGCCAGGUCAUGGAGACGUUUGGUGCAAUUUGGACAAUCCAUCAAUAUUCCGAUUUGGCCUCUCCAUCCAGCCCAUCUAGCUAUGUUUAUAGCUCACCUAGCAGAGGAACAUUAUGCCCCCAGUUCAAUAAGAACUUUCAUUUCCGCAAUUAGUUACGUACAUAAGGUGAACGGUCAACAUGACCCAGCUGCUCACUUCACAAUUCAGCAGGGGUUAAAAGGUCUGGCUAAACAAGUUCCUCAGGCAACUAGAAGGGAACCUCUAACUGUCAAUACGUUAAAUAUUUUGAUACAAUCUUUAUACAAACUGAUACUUACAGAGGAAGAAGUGAGAGUUUUUCGAGUUAUGUUUGUAGUAGCAUUUUUUUCACUGUUAAGAAUAGGCGAAAUGACAGGUUAUGGUGACCAUAAUUUACUAAUUAACAGUGUACAAGAGCUUUCUAGCAAAUGUUUGGUACUUCGCUUUACUUCAUACAAACAUAGCAAGGAAGCAGUACGUGUAAGGAUAAAUCCUCUCCCAAGCAAUAUAUUCU